AUGCCAGCAGAAUCAGAAGAUGAUUACGAAUCAUCAGGCUCUUCUGGGUCCGAGAGCGACCGUCCAAACCGCUGGGACGGGCCUCCAGCAACAUGGCAAGACAUGAACCGGGAAGAAAUCAGUACGCUAACAGCGCUGGACGAGUUGAAGAAUCGAGACUUGUCAGUCCAUCUUUACAAUACAUAUGCUCUAAAGCAGCGCCAUAAGCAGCCAGACAAUGAAACUGGUCCAGAGCCUGAAAAGGAUAUAGAUGCUGCUACUGGAGAGACGAUUCCCCAGGAUAACUGGCUGCCUCAGCGCUCAUGGACAGCAUGGCCCGUGAGCGUGGACAAGGUGCCGCCAGAUGAUUUCAUGCGGUGCAAUGAAAAUGAUCCAGACGACGUGUAUACCAUUGCAAAUUCUCGGCACAGCAACCCGAGUGCGCCUUUGGAGGAUGCGGUGGCUGCGGCGGUUUUGCGAUUUGCAAAAGCGAGGUUCUUGGCGCGCCCAUGGGAGAGUGCACCAACCGGGCCAGAGACUGAGGACGAAGAUGGCAUAUUCAACGAUGACGAUGAUGAUGACGGCAACGAUGACGAUGGCGAUGAAGGAGAAAGCAGCGAUCAAGAAUCGCUUGCUGGACCUGGAAGUAGAACCUCGAAAUUUUCACGGUCACGAUCACGUUCACGAUCAAAGUCUAUCAAACGUGCAGCUAGCAGCUCAACCCAGGACAAGAGACAUGAUCCAGUGGAUUCGGGGGAUGAGCCUGACGUUGACAGAGAUAUUGUCCAUCCUCUGGGAAAGCGGCCGCUCAAGCCCACUGUCGCUGAAGACGACGACUUGUCAUACAAAAUCAUGCGUCCUGCGGUAAGAAGCGUCUUGACGAAAUUGGAUGCAACCCUGACGAUUUUGCACCAUUCAAGGAAAGCUGCUGUCGAUUACAUGUCAGACUCAUCCAGCGACACGGAGCCAGAGGUAUCGGAUCGCACCAAGCGCUCGAGAAGUCGUGGCUCAGAACCUCCUGCAAAAAAGAGACGUGGGCGUCCCCCGAGAGCUAGUCUCGCGCUUCGGAUGCGCUCGCCGCCACCGGUGUUGCCAACGAGCAACAAUGAAGGCGCAAUAGAAGAGCCCGUGCCGAAAGCCAUCACAGAAAGCGGUGUCGACACAGAGGAUCAGUCCAAGAAACGAAAAGUCGGCCGACCUCGCAAGGUUUAUCCACGUCUCGAGGGAGAGACGGACAGAGAUUUCGCUAUUCGAGUGGCGAGACUCCGCAAAGAACCCAUUCCGUUGUUCAAUGAUGCGCAUACGCUGGACUCCGACAACCCUAAGAGUAGCGGCUCGGAGGCGUCACCGCUCAAACCUAGCAAGAGAGGUCGCAGGACUUCAAAACCCCGUGAACCAUCUCCAGGCACUAUAGAAAAAAAGGCCGCCCAGAGACGAAGAAAGGCAUUGCGCUACGGUAUCAGGGACUGGAAAGAUGUGCUGGGCGCCGCCGCCUUGGCAGGGUUUCCCCGAGAUGCUCUCGAUCGUGCAGCUCGGCGCUGUGCGGAUCUAUUUCAGGACAGCAUGGAACUGCAUUCGCUGAACGAGACCCUCUUGGACAAGGACGAUCAAGAUCAGCGAGUUCAGUACCGUCCAGGUAUGCUUGCCGAUCUAGCCGACCUAGACGAUGAGGGCGAGGAUGAUUAUAGCAGCGGAGGAGAAACGCAGUCCCAAACGGCAAGGCAUAUUCGCGCCACGAGCACCGCCGUAUCUGCAUCUUCAGACGGUCGCGGCAGAUCGAGGAGCCGGUCGCGGUCUCUCAGCCGGGCAAGGACCACCUCUCGCUCACGGUCCACGUCGGUCGCCGGUACACACUUUUGCAAUGUCCGGGGCUGCCCGAGAAGCGCCGAAGGGUUCUCGAGACGGCAAAACCUGCUUCGACACAUGAAAUUGGUGCAUGGUAUAGAAAAAGAUGAGGCAUUGACGGACAUUGACGUUGACAGCGAGGACGAGGUCCAUGGGGCUGUGCAUGUUGAUGGCUUCCUGAAGCCAAUCAGGAUCAGACCAGCAUGGAAAAAUGAAGAUCGAGCGGCGGCUAGAAAAGCCUCUGGCAUACGCCGUGGUAAUAAGAGAGACAGACUCGGAAGCGCAACGGAGACGGGGGCUGAUGACAGUGAUGUGGUGAUGGGCGAUGAUUAA